AGUAUUCAAGUGGAGAAAUAGCUGCAGCUUACAGUGCCGGGUUCAUUUCUCGAUCAGAGGCUUUAAAAAUUUCGUACCAUCGAAGUUCAUUGGAGGUCAUUGCAAAAAGCUCAUUCCAAGCAAGGGUGCAAUGCUGUAAGCCGCCCUUGGUGAAGAACAAGUGUUACCACUACUUUCCUCUACACGGACGGGUAAAGUAUCCUUGGCAUGUGUAAACCGUCCUUCAAGUACCACCCUUUCGAGAGAUGGAGAUGCUACUAUGGAAGUACAGAGUAUGCUUAAUGAUCUGGGGUGUUUUCAGCCGGAAGUUGAAAGUCGAUACUGCUUACCAUUCUCAUCAUAUGCAGAAGGUUUCCGAUAAAUAUUUAAGCUCUAUGGGCUCAAUAGACGUGGAUGCCGGUAGCGAUGUCGAGUUCAUCUCUAGCGUUACUGCAAAGAGAAAGAUGACAGACUUUGGUUGAGACUAUUGGGUCCAGAAUCUUUUAUCCAAGGUCCGUUUCAGCGAUGCAUUGGAGUAUUCCUGCGCUGCACAAAAUCUAGCUGAUAAGUUGCGCGCCGCUUCUUCGAAUCAUAUCCUGGUGGAAAUAGGUCCUCAUAGUGUCUUGAAAAGUCCAAUACGACAAACUAUUGCUUCGAAGUCCGAUCCGUUCAAAUAUAUUUAUCUUCCUUCCUUGGUGACACAUAAAGAUGCAACUUACAGUAUUCUGGAGCUCAUACGAAGCCUAUUUGAUCAGGGGUAUCCUAUCGAAGUUGAUGCGGCCAAUUCAAUUUGCAGGCACAAGUUGCAAUCGCCCCGGUAUCUUCCAGCAUUGCCAACUUAUCCAUGGGAUCAUUCUACUAAGUAUUGGCACGAAUCUCGGUUGAGUAAGUAACAUCGACUACGAGAACAUCCAUAUCAUGAUCUUUUGGGGGUACGGAUAUCAAGCAGUACCGCAAUCGAGCCCGCUUGGACGCACAUACUUGGGUUAGUACAAUUUCCAUGGCUCGCCGACGAUGUAGUAGACGGGCUUGUCAUAUUUCCGGGUUCAGGUUAUCUUUGUAUCGCUAUAGAGGCCGUGCGUCAGCUCUAUGAGGGUAGCCAAGCAUCUGGAAUUGUUCCAACCUUUAUUUUGCGAGAUGUACACUUCUUAAAAGCACUUGUCAUCCCUUCCUCUCCUUCAAAAGUAGAGGCUCAAAUCAAUUUGAGGCUCUGCAGAGACUUCACUAGAGGCUCUUAUAAGUUCAAAGUUUCUGCUCUUAGUGAUGGUGAAGCUAGCAUGAGCAUUGCAGCGGCACCAUUCAAACCGACUAUUGGGUCGAAACCAACGGACGGACGCUUUUGGCCCACAUUUCUCAAAUUAUGACAAGCAACUCUAUGAUACCGAGACAAAUGCAAAGCCUCAAGUUCUCGACUUUGAAAUAUUUACAACGAGAUGCGGUCUAACGGGAGUUUAUAUGGUCCUUCUUUCCAGGCUGUCCGCAUGCUGAAGAUGAGCAAGUUGAAGGCUUCCGGUAGUGUAAAGAUUCCAGACGUCAAGUCAAUAAUGCCUAGCAACUACAUGCAGCCCCAUAUCGUUCACCCAAAUACUCUCGAUGCACUACUUCAUACAAGCCUGCCACUAUUCUCCAAUACAAUAGGUGGAGGCUCUGUGAUGCCGGUUUCUAUUGGUAAAAUUAGUCUUCGCGGAGAUAUGAACAACAAGCUAGAAGGGAAUUGAAUUUGCACACAUUUCUCAUUCUGAAAGGUGCUAGAUCUGCGAUUGCAAAUUUAGUUGUGCACGAAGCCAAUGAUUGGGGUAAUCAACAUCCUGUUCUAGAAAUUUCUGAGUUGGAGAUACGCGGGCUUGGAGAGUCUCAAGUUUCCAAGUAGGAUUUGCCACGAAAAUUUAGCUAUCAAAAGAAAUGGGCUCCUGAUAUCAAGCAGUUAUCUUCUCACAAGGAACGCAUUUCCCUAAUUGAGCGCAUAAAUUGUCUAGAUUUCAAAUAUUCAAACUUGAAGAUUUGCAAACCAAGUCGGACUCUGUGGAGAUUGCAAGCCUCAUUUCUAUCAACAUUAUAAAGGUUCCAGAACAACGGUAUCGAGUUUUAUGAUUUUGCAGAUACGUCAGAUGCAAUGCUAAAGGAAAUCUCGAGAAAAUUUCUACUGUGAUCAAGUUCUGCGAUCGAAAAUAUCAGAUAUCGAUAGUGACUUUGAGGAGCAGGGCCUCAAAUCAUUCACCUAUGAUAGUCAUCUUGGUAGCUGACGAUAUGGACCAUAUCUCGGACACUGCACUUUUGAAUACUCAGAAGCUUCUUAAUCCUGGUGGAUGGGUCAUGAUAUGGUCUGCAGCGGCCUAUCUUUCGGCAAAGGUAAUACACGGUCGUCUGGCUCAACGUUCUUUCGAUGGCAUGCAGCUUUUGGACCAUGAUGAUGAAGUAAAGGGAAACCUGUUACUCUCGAGGAAAGCUGUGCCUGACUCGCGAUCACUUACUCCUAAUCGCGUGAUCAGUAGAGACGGCACUGAGGACUUUGCCAACCAGGUCUGCACAUCGUUAAAAGAAAGUAGAUUUAGUGCUGGAUGUAUAGAAUGGGGUGCAGACCUUCUAGGGGAUGAUUUAUCCAAGUGAAAAUUGACAAUGGUCAAAAACCUUUACUGGUCAAGCCAUCUCCACAACUUUUCCAGCAAUUUGUUGGUGUUGUGGGUGCAAAUAAAGCCAAUAUCCGGUGGAUCAGCGCUCACCAAGAUUCAUCAGCCGCGGAUAAUCCGGAGAAAGGUUUAAUCACUGGAUUCGUCCGAAGUGCUUCUGCAGAAAAUGCGUAUCUCAAUUGUAUUACCCUGGAUGUCCAAGACGGAAUGAUCAGUCUUUCAUUUGAUCUUUUACACACGAUAAAAACGAUUUUAAUAGAAGCCUUUUCAACCUCUUCCCAGAGGACUGCUUAAUGAAAAGGAGUACGUGUAUUUCGGAAAUGGAAAGCUGCUUAUUCCUCGUCUUUUACUAGACCACGGCGUCAAUAGUUGGAUAGCAAGAGCUACAGGGAAACUUACUGUUGAAACCGUCGCAUAUUCGAGUUCUGGUCAAACGCUGAACCUCGAUUUGGAAACAGCAAACAUCGAUAAAAAUUAAUAUUUUGUGGGCGAGUCGCUGUCUGAAGACCUUGACCCUUCAGAAGUUCAGAUUGCUGUAAACGCACAACAAAUGAGCCGAGCUGACAAUGUGGUCAAUCUUGCGAAUUCAUCGACAAAAGAAUUUCCUCAACACAUUCUUCAGUUUUCCAGGACUGUUACUAGCAUUGGAAACGUCCUAACAACGGUCUGCGAGUCGGAGGCCGCGUUUGUGGCUGGUCCUAUAACACUAAAGCGCGUUCAAGCCAAUGUUCGAAUCGAUGAAAAGAAUGUUUUUGGCCCACCAAGCGACAUUUCCUUUCGAAUAGGCUCCACAAUCCCUUUCUCAUUCAUGACUGCAUAUCAUUCCUUGGUGGAGCUGGCCCAUUUAGAGAAAGAUCAAACAAUUCUGAUUCACGGCGCCUCUACAACCUUUGGACGAACUGCCCUCACACUCGCUUAACAUAUUGGCGCUAAAAUAUUUGCAACUGUAUUGGAAGUAGAUGACAGAGAAAGUAUUGCAAGACAGUUUAGUCUCCAAGCCGAGAAUAUAUUCUAUGAACACGCUACUAAUCUAAAGCAGAACCUUUUCCAGCUUACCAACCAAGCUAGAGUUGACGUGGUGCUGAACUUUGUAAAGGAUACUUAUAACGAGGACUCCUUUUGCGUGCAUCGCAAAAUGUGGCGCCUAUAUCCACGUAGGGUAUCCAGGAGAAAGCGAAAGUGGCCCUGAAGCUACACCUUCAAAUAUCGACCCAUGAACCAGCAUUCAAAGGAAUAUAAUAAAAUGACCUUUAACUCAAACUCUACUUACAUCAUCGCCGGUGGACUAGGUGAUUUCGGUCACUGAAUUUGUUGGUUGAUGGCUCAAAGCGGCGCUAAGAGUAUUGUUGUCCUGUCUCGAAGAGUAGCUAAUGAUGACCACAUGGAUUCCUUGAGAGUACGUCUUGGUGGCAUAUCACCAGGAUGUGGUUUACAUAGUAUUGUCUGAUAUCUCAUCUCCAUCAAUGGUUCAAAAUGCGGCUAGCACGAUCGAAAAGAUGAAUUUACCACCAGUAAAAGGGAUUGUACAAUCAGCUACAGUACUUCAGGUAAGUGAAGAGCUAUCCCCGUCUUGGAUUUCUCAAAAAUCUAAUGUGUGAAAUAGGACGUCAUCAUUGAACGAAUGACAUUUGAAAACUUCAUGACUCCUCGAGAGAAAAAGCUAGAUGGAACUGCAUAUCUUUUAGAUACGUUCAAAAAUGUUAAUCUGGAAUUUUUUAUCAUGAUUUCAUCACUGAGUGGCGUGAUUGGUACUAUGGGGCAGGCAAAUUACGGUAAGCACUAUUUUCUAAGAAGCUCUCCAGGGACACUGCAGUCCAGAACCAUAUGAAGGAGAAAAAUAGUAACCCCUGAUAGAUUCCGGUACCUUGUAUCAAGACACCGUUGCGCAGAACCAAAAACUUUCUGGGACUCCUGUCGUGUCCUUGGAUUUGGGAUUGAUCAAAAACACCUCAGUUUAUGAUGGAGCUGACGGUGAAUUGAAAAUGCAAAACCUCGUUCGCCAGGUAUGAUCCCUGUGGAUCUUCAUGAGCUAGAUGCUGUUCUGGAUUAUGCAUUAAGCCCACAGGCUCGGAAGGAUCGUUGCAAACAAGUUGUUCUUGGCAUAGACGGAGUUUCGAUAGCCCAAGCUGCGAAUUCUACACCAACAACACAAUCUGCAUCGUUCGUACAUGUACGAAACACGGGUGAGAAAGUGAUAGAUUUAAAAGAAGCUCAAAAUUCUGUCGAUCGGAAGCAAACUAUUAGCGAUGCAGCAUCACUAGCGGAGGCACAUUCAAUCUGGAAGAGGCAAUAAUGCAAAGAGUUUCUCAUCCGAUAUCGUUAAAUUCCAGUAAGAUUGGGCUGGACACCUCUUGUGGAUUUGGCCUAGACUCGUUAACCGCGAUUGAGCUCAAAAAUUGGAUUGGAAACGAGUUUGAUGUUGCCAUCCAAGCAUCAGAAAUUCUGGACGAGCGUAGUGUAUCGUCUCUGGCCGUGAGAAUUGCAGCCAGGUCCUCGUUCUUAAAUGCAAAUUCGAAUAUUACGAGAGAAGCUCCAAUCGCCGUCAAUGGUCAUGGCACCAAUCCUGGGAAUAACUCUCCUCAUUCAAGGUGCUGCCCGUUCCGGAUCUCCCCAGCUCGCCCGAAUUACAUCUGGCGUCUGUACAAAAGUUUAUUUCGGAGACUCAACUAUCUCAUACCGUUUCCGUAAUCCAAGAAUUCAUCAAUGGCCCUGGAGCUGAACUACAAAAGCGACUGGUCGAACAGCGAAAACAGACCGAUAAUUGGCUACACGCUAAAAUGUAUCUUCAGUCUCAAAGACCUUUGAACCCAUAUAGCCUAUUUCAUGGAGGUCACGUCUCAAGUACUAUUACGCAUAGUCAAGCCGAACGAGCGGCAAUCAUUUCCUUGGCAGCGUGGAAUUUUAAACAAGGCAUGGAUACAAAUAACCUGGAACAGCAAUACUUGAAUGAGGAGCCUCUUUGUAUGGAUUCUUUGAAAUGGAUCUUUAAUGCCAAACGCAUACCUCAAAAAACUAAAGACGAAAUGCACAAAUAUGCGGAUAAUGAUUAUUUUGUUGUGCUCAGAAGAAGUCGUGUGUUCAAGGCGAGACUUGCAAAAAACAUGAGCCAAGAAUCUACAUACCUUUUGUUGAAAAAGACUUAUCUGAAAAUCUUGCACCUUCCAGAAGAGAAGUUACCAGCAGUCGCAACCUUGACUGCAGAUGAACGUAUCUCAUGGGCCCAGCUAAGAGAAAUAGUGAAAGGAAUUAACCAUAGAAACAGCGCAGCGCUGGAACAUAUUGAGGCAUCAAAAUUUGUGAUCUGUCUCGAUGAUGGAUCCCCCGAGACCUCAAAGGGACGCUGUAACCAAUAUCUGUACGGCAGUCCAUCCAACAGAUGGAGCGACAAAUUAUUUCAACUUGUAGUAUGCGAAGAUGGAACUUCAGGUUUCAUCUGCGAGCCUAUGAUGUUAGAUGCGGCCUCCUCGGCCGAAAUCAAAAUUUUUAUAACGCGAUCUAUUAUGAACUAACGACCAAAAGCUAAGAGCUAUGAACAAGCAAAUGUGCAGAUAGACGACCUUCUAGAAGAAUGCCGUUCGAAACUAAUUUGACAAUCGAGAAAGAAAUACAGCGGGUUGAAGAAAAUUUCCGACAAGUUCAGAACCAAGCCCCGACUUAUAUACAGUUCUACGUUUCCACGCUGGAUAACAAAUUUUUCCAGCCAUUCAAGGUUCCACAUAGAGCCGGUUGCCACUUGGUUAUUCAAAUCGCUUCGCUAUUUCAUUUUGGCAAACAGUAUCCAUGCUGGGAAGCACUCACAACUAUGCUCUUCCGUCUUGGACGAAUAGACUAGAUGCAAGCUGUCUCACCCGCCAUGUACGGAUUUUGCGCCGCGGUAGCCGAGAAUCAAAAAUACGCAACAGAGCUGAAAACAUUACUGCGAGAAGCGGUGAAUGUACACAGGAGUAUAAUAACAAAGACUGGACGAGGUUUAGGGUUCGCGGCACUUUGCCAUGCGUUAGAAGAAAUGAUCGCUGAAGACGAACCUAUUCCUGCUUUCUUCGAAGACCCCACUUGGAAUCUGGCUCGGAAGUGGGCUACCAAGAAGAUCAAAACGCAUUCUGCUGCAGGAUUUAUAUAUCAGGAAGCUGGUUUUUUUUAUGUCGGAUCCGGAGUCUUUUCUGGCACAUUACGAGGUGGAGGAUGAGCGGUGCUUCUUUGGGAUUCAGGGUAUGGGGGAUCAUCCUAGGCGAUUUCAGGAGGCUUUGGAAUGUGCUGUUGUGGUU